AUGCUGCUUGCUAAUGAGGUCACAGCGAUAGCUCCUACAUCUACGAGCUCUGGCUUCAAUCACGAAGACAUAGCACUAUGUCUGACUAUCGCAAAAGCCAAGUACCCGGCUCACCGCGUGCAAUUGCUCGCACAACCAGGCGGAUGCUCCCUCACGCUGUCCGCGACGCCUCCAAGCUCCACCGUCCCCUCUCAAAGUCAUGACGACGACACCAUCGUUAUCCAGUUCCGACUUUCGAGAUUCUCACUCAAAGCCACGAUUGCGCACGAGUCACGAGCAAUAUACGGAAGUCUGGUUCCAGCUCCGCUGUGCUUCGAAGAGCUGGAUACGAGUCAUGGAGCUCUACUCCAGAUGUGUGCGAUGACGUCGAUAGAGGGUGUGAGAUUCAGUGAGGUGCAACCAAAGGAGAAGUGUUUGGGUCAUGGCGAUGUUGUGAGGAUGGAGACGUUGAUGGAUGGGAUGGCGAGGUUCUUUGCGGUAGGGAGGAAGAGUGGGAAUUUUGAGAGGAGUAUGGACGGUAAGGUGGGCAAGACGAUUCUGCAGAGGUUGAGGAAGCUUGAGAGGGAAUUGCCGUUGGAGUGGAUGAGAACUGAAGCUGGCAUGGUUGCUGAUGCUGUUGAGCGUGGUGGGCUGGAGUGUUUGCCCGUGGUGUUGAAUCAUGGGGACUUACUGCCGAGUAAUGUCUUGGUUGACGAUAAAAGCUGGGAGCUCAGUGGGUUGGUUGACUGGGCAGAGGCUGAGUAUUUGCCGUUUGGGAUGACGUUGUAUGGCAUUGAGCACCUUCUUGGCUUCCAGCACGAGUGCAGCGGCACAUCGACAGUUCCUCACUUCACUUCCUACGCCGAAGCCGGUGUGCUUCGCGAUCGGUUCUGGGCCAGGCUUCUGGAACACAUCCCCGAGCUUGCUGAUAUCCAUGUUCAAGCAGCGGUGCUGCUGUCACGCAAGAUUGGAACUCUGCUGUGGCAUGGCUUUGCUUGGGAUGAUGGGAAGAUUGACCGUGUUGUUAACGGGGCUGAUGACCUGCAAGAGAUGGCCUACCUCGAAGCAUUCUGCACGGCCACGACCGAUCAGCAGAGAUCGAAGCUCUAG